AGAAGAAUGGAGUAAGCGAGUUUGGUUGUAGAUUUUUACGAAGAUUUCUGUUCCUUUUUACUUGAUUUAAACAUCAUGGCCGAUGAAAGCGAGCUAUCAAACGCAAGCGAAUUCAUCAAAGACCGAUUGUACUUCAUCACACUGCGGAACAAGCCCAGACAUACUGAAUCUGUUCAUUAUUUCUGUGUAGAUGAUGAAUUGGUGUAUGAGAAUUUUUACGCCGACUUUGGACCCUUGAAUCUCGCUAUGCUGUAUCGAUACUGUUGUAGGCUUUACAAGAAGCUCAAGUCUUUCUCUUUAGCAAAGAAAAAGAUCGUUCAUUACACCUCGUUUGAUAGCAGGAAGAGAGCAAAUGCCGCAUAUUUGAUUGCAUCAUAUUCAAUAAUCCACCUGAAGAGAACGCCAGAAGAGUCUUAUAGACCUCUGAUAAUUAAUGGUUGCAACCCACCAUUUCUUCCAUUUAGAGAUGCAUCAUUUGGAGCAUGUUCAUAUAAUCUUUCCCUAAUGGAUGUUUUAAAUGGCCUUUACAAGGCACUACAGAAUGGAUUUUUUAACUUUGAAACUUUUGAUGUGGAAGAGUACGAACAUUAUGAGCGAAUUGAAAAUGGGGAUUUCAACUGGCUGUUACCAGAUAAAUUUUUGGCAUUUAGUGGACCUCACAAUAAGAGUAGAAUUGAGAAUGGUUAUCCGCUGCAUGCCCCAGAAGCCUACAUCCCUUACUUUAAAAAGCACAAUGUUACAGCAGUUGUGAGACUCAACAAGAAAUUUUAUGAUGCAAAGAGGUUUACAGAUCAUGGUAUUGAACAUUUUGACCUGUUCUUUGUUGACGGCAGUGUGCCAAGUGACAUGAUUGUCAGGCGUUUCUUGACAGUAGCAGAAAAUGCCAAAGGAGCUGUUGCAGUUCACUGUAAAGCUGGUCUUGGUAGAACUGGAACGUUAAUAGCGUGCUACUUGAUCAAGCACUACAGAUUCACUGCUGCAGAAGCUAUUGCCUGGUUAAGAAUUUGCCGUCCUGGAUCAGUUAUUGGACCACAGCAGAACUUUUUAGAAGAAAAACAAGCUAGUUUGUGGAUACAAGGGGACAUUUUUAGGUCAAGAGAAAAAGAGAAGACAGAAAAAGUGGAUCGAUGUGGUGUAAGCCGACUUAUUAGUGGAGUGGACACCAUCAAGAUUGAAGAUUCCAUCAGUACAAGGCCGGGCAAAUUGUAUAAGGAUCUUACGCCCAUCUUACGAGCCACACCCACUUCAAGCGCGUCUUUGCUGAGUGAACGUAGCAGCAUUCUCUCCUCCAAAGAGGUAACAGUCAGUAAAGAUUCUAAUGACAACGAGGAGCCAACACAAGGAGAUGAACUAAGGCGCUUGAAGACCAGCCGUUCAUUACGUCAUCCGCGAUCGGCAACAACCGGGGCAUUAAAAUUGGAGGAUGGUAGAGUAGGUCACACUCGCUCUACGACCGGGCAAUCGUUGAAACUUGCAAACGCGUCGACAAUGCAGUCAGUAAUGUCACCGCUGAAAACAUCCAAAGUUUCUGCUCUGCCGAGAAGAACUACAAGGACGUCAUCUCACAUGUUACGAAGUCGUAUGACGUCAUCACGCGUGAGCAGUAGAGCGCUGAACUUGGCGGCUUUGGCCAAAACAUAACCAAUUACCAGAUACUCAUCAGGUCCUACUGAAUUGCUGAGCAUUGGCUUCAACAGACUGCAAGUUCAGUCUGUUGAACAGAACCCUUCCGGAAGGUAGAUCAGGCUGGCUAAUUCAUUAGAGGUGUAAGCUAAUUCAAGCUUUAACACUGAUUCCCUUUAUUCUGGUAGUAAUUCCUAUCAAGCUAUUUUUAAACUCAAACUAUGUCCGAGCAAUGUUUUAACGAACCUUUACCUUUUCUUUUGAUGGAGAACGAAUCGUUGCUUAGGAUACCCACGUGAAUAAAAUUUGCAUCUUAGAAUUGUCAUUAGCAAUUCCCUCAAAUAUCUCCGAAAACUGGGGUGAUCUAAGAAUAGGUUUAAAGGGGUUACCUCCAGAACAAAGCCUUGUGAUGGAUUUUGUCUCAGCCUGUGUAUUUUUCUCAGUAGUUUAUUAUCGAAAGGUUUCUCUUACAAAUGAUGUCAGUAAAUGAAGGCGUAGGGUAACUCCGCCUUUUUCUGUGGUAUCUAUUGUUAAAGAGAGAUUAGAGCAGAAAUUAGCGCUGAUCGGCUUUCAGUGAACCGGGCGGGGAGGGCCGCAUCUUGCAAAGGUAACUGUAUUUUUACAGGUAGUGUUCUGUUGAAUGGUAUAGCUAGUUAAGCAGGAUGCCUUGGUCACGAGUUAUAUAAGUGUAAAGAAUUUAAUGUGGGAUUCUGGGAUAUAGAGCGGUUGUAGAACGAGUGAUUGGUUUUGAAAUUUGAUUUGAAUAGUCGCAGGGUUUCAGGAUGGUCGUGUUGUAAAAAGAGAACUUUUUUACUGUCUUUGUAUAGAUAACCAACUUAUCACGAACGUUAAUUUAUCAGUAAGACUUAUAUUUCAGAAUGAUCAGGUUUUUAAGAAAAAUAAGAGUAUCGAGUGAUCACCGAAAUAUAUAAAGUUCUUCGUAGGAUGUUUUUUUUGCGUUGUUCUACAACGCCGUGAAGGUCACACAACGCCAUGACAGUCACAUGACGCUGUGACAGUCACACAAGGCUGUGAAGUUCACAUACUCUAUCGCUUCUGUCUAUCACACAGAGAGAGUGACGCGAAUUAUUUUUAGAAGUCUACCUGAAGAUCUCGCGGUUUCCUUUGCUUUACUGGUAAAGCUUGGGAAACAGAAGUGUCUCGGGGAGUUAGUUUUAGGGUGACUUAAUGUUAUGGAAUAGUGAUCUUUAGGACAUGAUCCUGUAUGUGUCUUGAAUUAAGAAUGUACCUGGUAGGUCUCAAAGGGCCUACGUCAUGAUGCUCUGAGUCGACUCUUUUGCAACAGUAAAACGAACGUCAGUUGGAAGGAAACCGCAAAAUAUUGAUUCCAUUAAAUAGACGAACAACAACAACGUGGUAUUGAUAAACCAUGAAUGAGCAAGGAUGACUUAGAAUGAACGGGAUUCGAACGGAUGAGGAAAUGUUUUUCAAGUUACACAAACUGUGACGAACAGUAGCUUCCCUUCAGUGUCAGUGGUACACGGAACGCGUUCAAAUUUCGUUCAUAUUGCGUCGAAGUCGUAAGUUGGUUGCGUUAAGUUUACAGACGAGGGAAGUGGUGGAAUAUUUUACUGUGGUUUGAAGAGUUUUUUCCAGAGUUGAAAGUGUUAAGGUCCCCUUAAAGCGUGUACCAACAGGAGAAAAAAAAAAAAACAAAGGGAAUUGUAAAUUGUGCAAGAGAAAUUAUCUCGAACACUGAUUUGCAGAUUCGAAAGAAACUUUGUGGUUGUAUGUACAAAUUACUGUCGUUUUAAUCCGGUACGUUUGUAUUAUAAAUUAUUUUUGUAUGGAUCAUUUCCAUUAAGAAAUGCAAUUUUAGGGGAUUGUUUAGAGGCAGUUAAGGUAUUUAGCUACAGUUUGCAGAUCGGAUACACUUCAUCGUGCGUAAUUUUAACCGCACAUGUUUAAUGAUCUCCAUCGCGAUUGAGAAUACUUGAAUUGGAUGCAAAAACUGUGGCGAACAGUAGCAGAUUGGAUACACUUUACCGUGCGUAAUUUUAACCGUACAUGUUUAAUGAUCUCCAUCGCGAUUGAGAAUACUUGAAUGUGAAAAAACACCUACAAAAAAAACUCUAUUAACUAUUUUAGUUUUUAUCGGAUUUGUGUUGUGUCAUCUUGUAUGCAAGAUUAUAUACACCUUACAUCGAUGAGAAUAUUUGGUUUGCCUUUGGCAAAAUCUCGAAACUCGAUCAGUUGUUUUUCAGUUUGUCGUUCCUUUUUUUCGCAAGGAUGCAAAGCGUCCAUCUUUUAAAUGCUGUGUGUUCUAGAUACUGACUAUCUCAUCAUUUUUCCAAAUAUGUGUGUGGGGAAAGUUUUCUAACAUUAUUUUAAGCUUUCGUACUCUUUUAUUAUCGAGAGUAACGUGUAUAUAUAUCAAAAGGUUGUAUAUUACCUUUCAUAAUAAAACACCCAAAGGUAUA